AUGAGUGAUCGAAAGGUUAAACGUCAAAGGGGUAGUUUAAAUGACGCUGUUUGGGAUUGUACGGUAUGUACAUUUAAAAAUCCUUGCGUUGCAUUUCGAUGUGAAAUGUGUGAUUCAAGAAAAGGAACAGCAACACGAAAACCAAAAGUUGUGCCAAAUCAAUUUGAGACAUCAAAACGAAAAAAUGGUAUGGGCAAUGACACAACCGAUGAAGAUGAACACUCAACAACUGAGGAUGAACAUGAGCAGGAAGAUGAUGAAUAUCAAACGGAUGGAGGUUUAGAAAAUAGUAUCUCAUCUUCAUCGUCUACCACAACGAAUCGAUCAGCUCGUUCAUCUUCACCAACACAACGAACGAAUGACAAGAAAAAACAGCAACAACAACAACAGCAACAACAACAACAGCAACAACAACAACAGCAACAACAACAACAUCGUUCUAAAUCUACAUCAUCGUCAAAUAAUAAUAACAACAAUGACUUGAAAAUGAAAACACAAAAACAAAAAACAAAACAAAAACAAAAUUUUCACAAACAGAAUGAUAAUAGAUCAUCGAAUGAUUCAAAGAAGAAACCAGUUUUACAACAGCAAAAGAAAAUAUUCAAACCAUCUUCAUUAUCAUCCGUAUCAUCGUCAUCCUCAUCCUCAUCGAAUAGUUCUUCGUCUCACACGACAAGUGUCACAUUCGAUGGUGUAACCGUACAAAUAACAGAAUUUAAUCUUGAAAAAUUUUUAAACAACAGUAGACAUUCAACUGACAAUAAUUCAACAACAACAUUCAAUACGAGGACUCGUGUUCGUUAG